AUGGCCCCGUACGUAUUAUUUGGCACAUUACCGAAAAUACUUAGACAAAGCUUUGUCGUUCAGCAAACUGUUAAACCUCUUGGAAUCUAUCACAAUGCAUUGUACUCCAACUUUACGAAAAAUAAUUUACCACCAUCUGACAACGAAUAUGGAGAAAAUUCCAAGAAAGGAAAGUCAUGGAAAAUAUUGAAAACUAUACUGCCCAUUUUGGCAAUAUCAAUAACAUCUUCCCUGGCAAUUUCCCUAGUUUUAACUCUUGGUGCUCCAGAGAUAGAUACAGACGGAAAGUUAUUAAAAGACGACUUUUCCGAUGAACCUGAACUAAGACAGUACCUAAAAAGAACCUACAGAGAGAUGAAAUAUUACUUUAAACUCCUAGAGAGGCCGCGCAUGGAGAAAUUAUUACCUGAUCCUCUAGAUCAUCCAUACAACCAACCAAAAUACACGUUGGUAGUUGAACUAACCGAUGUAUUGGUACAUGCUGAGUGGACAUAUUCUGUGGGAUGGAGAUACAAAAAACGUCCUUUACUGGAACAUUUUCUAGAAGAUUUAAAAGACAGCUACGAAAUAGUAUUGUUCACUACUGAACACGGACGAACUGUAUUCUCUCUGAUAGACGUGAUCGAUCCAAAUAACAGAAUAGCUUUUAAACUGGUUGGAGGCGCAACACGUUUUACAGGUUUAAGUCACGUAAAAGAACUAAACAAACUGAACAGAGAUCUUAAGAAAGUUAUAUGCAUAGAUUGGAAUGCUAAAAGAUUAAAAUACAACCCAGAAAAUUUGCUGAAAGUUAAGAGGUGGAUAGGAAACGACGAUGACACUUCGUUGCUGGACUUGGCAGCGUUUCUAAAGAUAAUCACGAGUAGCCAAAUUGAAGAUGUAAGAGAUGUUUUAAAGUAUUACAGUAAAUAUAAUGAUCCGGUUGAAGCAUUCAGAAGAAAGCAAGAGAUGUUAAUUGAGGAGCUUGAAAAAGCUGCUGCUAAAAAGGGGGAUCGUCGCAGAACCCAAUCCGGCUUUAAAUUAUUUAGUUAA